AACGAAGCAUAAUGAAAUGAAACGAAGUGAAUUCGUAUUAGUAAAGAAGACUUCAAGUUGUUCAUUCUUUAAGGGUUGGGGAAGUAAACACGUGGAAGAUUAGCCAUGGGUCGUGUAAUUAGGAGUCAGAGGAAAGGUGCUGGUAGUGUGUUUAAAAGUCAUACCAAACAUCGGAAAGGAGCACCAAAAUUACGUGCUGUAGAUUUCGCAGAAAGGCAUGGCUAUAUUAAAGGAAUUGUUAAAGAAAUCAUUCAUGACCCUGGACGUGGUGCACCUCUAGCUGUAGUAGUUUUUAGGGAUCCAUACAGAUACAAGCAAAAGAAGGAACUUUUUAUUGCUGCAGAAGGAAUGUACACAGGACAGUUCAUCUAUUGUGGGAAAAAAGCUGUACUUCAAGUAGGAAAUGUGCUGCCAGUCGGUACAAUGCCAGAAGGUACAAUCAUCUGCAAUUUGGAAGAGAAGUCUGGUGACCGUGGUCGUCUAGCCAGGGGUUCUGGUAAUUAUGCCACUGUCAUUUCUCACAAUCCAGACUCUAAGAAAACAAGAGUUAAACUGCCAUCAGGAGCAAAAAAAGUUUUACCAUCAUCUAACAGAGCCAUGGUUGGCAUUGUUGCUGGUGGUGGACGUAUUGACAAGCCUAUUCUGAAAGCCGGUCGUGCCUAUCAUAAAUAUAAAGCUAAGAGAAAUUCAUGGCCUAAAGUCAGAGGUGUUGCCAUGAACCCUGUUGAGCAUCCUCACGGUGGUGGUAACCAUCAACAUAUUGGUAAAGCUUCAACUGUAAGGAGAGAUGCCUCUGCUGGUCGCAAGGUUGGUCUCAUUGCUGCCCGUCGUACUGGUCGUAUCCGUGGUGGAAAGACAUCUGUCACUGGCAAAGAAGACUAACUGUUAAUUACCAAAACUGUUAAUAAAAAAAUUUAAGAAAAUUUUCAACCUUA